UUACCCUCUCAGUCGUACGCGACCUUUCGAAUAGUGAACGCUUUGCGUUAUUUCAAGCGUUUAUAUUUCGCGCCGCCACACUACAUCGGUUUACGAUUGGACGAUUAUUAUUUACACGCGUCUUCCGGUCUCGUUCUACAAGUCAAAUAAUAUAUUACAUUUAAUUAUUGGUUGGCUUCAGUCUUUCUGUGAUAUUCUGAUUCGAAUCACGUAGUAACGGAUCGGCGGUACGUGAUACAAUUAAGAAAGAAUACAAGUUCGAAUUUUUCGAAGGACUACCCCUUUUUUAGGAGAUUACGACUUGGCAUUGUCAACGAUUGUUUCUUCGUGUUUUUUCUUUUAUGGUGAUCAAUGAACCAUUCCAGCGAAAAUAAUCCUGAAGACGGUAUGUCGACUUACGUUAGAUCAACCGACACGCAUUUGGGAACAUUGACAAGGAUCGUGGGUGUCUGUACAGCGAUCGUUGUAUGCGGAGUUGGAGUGGAUGUGGCGUACCGUCGACACAAUAUGGGCCUUUACGUUACAGCCUCAUCCAUAUUGAUCUUUUUUCUCGAAAUCACCUGGGCCAUCACUUUAUUCGUACAGAUUUGUGUAAGAAACGAAGAGUCCCUUUGUUCGUAUUGCUGGUCGCGCGUACUCGCGAUAACGAAGGGUUGGCGGAGAGCAUUGUUUUAUCUACCACUGUCCUGCAUUUUGGCGUGGAAACCGCACAAACUCGGGCUCUCCUAUGUCGCGGCUGGCUUGUUAGCAAUUUUAUCCUUGUUGCACAUUGCUUCGAGCGCUUUAGGAAGACGUAUUUCCUGCCAAUCAAGCUCCGGGACAGAUUCUGUUGGGGAAAGUCUUCUAAACGCGAGACCCGAAAAUUAUGAUCGUUUCGAAGAAGUUUUGGUACCAGAAGUAUUAGACGACGGUGUGUCUGGACCAACAGUACGAGUCGGUGACAGCGACGGAGAAAUAUGACACGAACGUCAACCCUCUUGGGUCAGUGAAUCCGAUGAGGAUAGUGAGCCUGAACCAAAGACGUGUCAAAUAGCUACAGUGUCUUAACUUCUUUGAAGUUUGGAACGAGAGAAAACUCGUAUUCAAACGUGUAUCAAACGAUACGUGUGAUAUCGAGUAACCAGACAGAUUUCUUCGUCCGACAUAAUUAAGUAUAAUAUAUUCGCAUAAAUUCGAAAUUAAUAAAAAAAGAAAACAGAAAGAGAAGAAAGAAAGAAAUAGAUAGUAAUCUACGAUUGAGGAAACUCUUUGGGAGAUUUUUCGAGAAUAACUUUAAUAGACCGAAGUCAAUAAAUGUACGUGUACUACGAAGAAAUCAUAUAUCGAAUGGAAAACAGUAUAAUGAAAAAGCGAUAUUAGGAAAGACUGAGUUAUCGUGCGUUAUAAAAUUAUGUAAACAUUUAUAACAACAAUCACAUUUGAUACACGUAAUGAAAAACAAAAAGUGAGUAUUAGAAGUGAGUAAAUAGAUUUUAAAUAACAUAACUCGUUACUUUUUCAUAUAUCCCUCUUCUUGUUUAUUUAUUAUACGGUUAAUUUUAAUAAAAACAAAAAGAUAUAUAUAUAAGAAAUUUUAAAUCACAUUUAAAUACGAAUAAAGAAAAAAUGGUUUAACGCAACAUUUGGAUUAUAAGUCAAAUUAACGAAAAUACAUUUCCGUUCGUUAACAAGAAAUUGUACAAAUUAUGUCAUACAAAUGACAAAGCUGAAAUAUCGAGUAACAAAUAUUUUUGUUAGUUGAUAUAGAAGCAAAUACUUAAGCGUGCUUUUUUACACAAUGUUAAACUAUAUUAUAGCCCAUUAUGUAUACAAACAUGCAAUGUAUAAUCACAUAAUGUACAAACAAUUAUAAAUAUCGGUGCUGAUUGCUCAAUGUUAUGUAUUAUACAAUAUAUUAUUAAAUUUUAGUAUAAAUACCAAGAUUAAUAAUAAAGCUUGGAAAUACAUAAUUGGUUAUAAACUUAUUAAAGGCACAAUAAUAAAAUGAUACUGGAACUGUUGUAACUAAUAGUAUUUUAUACAUAUGUAAAAUGCAUACAAAUAUUUAAAAUCAAUCAAUAUUGAAAACAUUUUACAAUGUUAUUUAUACUUGUUUUACGAUAAUAUAAGUAACCAAUAAAUGUAAAUUAAAAAUAUCAUUUAAUUCCAUUUAGAAGAAUUACUAAUUUAU